AUGUCACUUUUCGGAAAUCUUGAAUAUCUGGCUCCAGAUGAGUUUAAUGACAUCAGAUUAAAGCUUGCAAAUGAUGACAGUGAUUGCAAAAUCGACAUAAGCGCCGGGGUAUAUAGAGACGAAAAAGGCAAACCAUAUGUAUUGCCUUCAAUAAGAAAAGCGAAGGAUCUUUUGCAUUUGAGCAAGGAGGGCCAUGACUACAAUCUCUGCUUAGGAAUACCUGAUUUUGUACAAUGUGCAGCUCGUAUUGCUGUGGGCGAAAGUGCAAUGAAAGAAGGUAAAGUUGCAUCAUGUCAGACUAUUGGAGGAACAGGAGCUUGUCAUUUAGGUUCUGCUUUCUUAGCUCAGUAUUGUGGUUUCAAAAAUUUUUAUCUUGGGAUUCCAGCAUGGCCCAACUAUAUACCUUUGAUCGAACAAGCUGGAGGGAAGAUAAUCACUUACAACUACUACGAUCCUGAAAAAAAAACAGUCGAUUUUAGCUCAUUGGUAGACGCUAUGAAUUGUGCACCAAAAAAUUCGGUUUUCAUUUUACAGCUAUGCUGUCAUAAUCCCACUGGUACUGACUUAACUAGAGAGCAAUGGGCUACACUUGCUUCAAUAAUGAAAAUAAGAGGGCUCAUUCCUUUUAUUGAUGGUGCCUAUCAGGGACUUGCUUCUGGCUCGUUAGAAGAAGAUGCUUGGCCUGUGCGAAUGCUUAUUAAUACUGGAUUAGACAUCUUAUUUUGUCAGUCAUUUUCGAAGAGUUUGGGGCUUUAUGGAGAAAGAGUUGGUUGCCUUCACAUUGUCUCACAAAAUCCAACAUUUACAGACGUGGUGAGAGAUACGAUUCGAUAUAUUUUCAGAGCUGAGUGCUCUAGCUCUCCAGCUUUUGGCGCUAGAUUGGUUUCACAAGUAUCAAACAGUCCAGAAUUGAUGAGUCAAUGGAAUGAUGAUCUAGAAAAAAUCUUCUGCAGAUUAAAUACGAUUCGCCAGAUGGUUUAUGACACCUUGACUACGAAGUACGAAACCCCAGGAAACUGGGAGUUCAUAAAGACUCAAAAGGGCCUUUUCUGGUUUUCCGGAUUGGGCCCGGAACAAGUAAAGAAAAUGAUUGAAGAAUUUCAUAUUUAUCUUCCCAGAAAUGGAAGAAUUAAUAUUGCUGGUCUAAAUGAUAAUAAUGUGCAAUUGUUUUGUUCCAUUUUUGACAGAAUAAUUAAAAAUUAG